AUGGACUGGAUGAAUAGAAGCAAUCAGCUUUACAUUUCUUUAGAUGCCUUUAAAAGGGUAAAAGUAAAUAAUAAAUAUGGAAAGCAACGAACCAAGAACCCACAAGAAUUGGAAAAAAGACAACCACUGCAAGAUAAAACGAAUCAAAUAGCACCAAUCCAUAAAAACAAAGGGUAUCCAGAUAUUCUGCCUGAUGAAAUAUCAUUUAUUAAAACACCAGAACGUAAAGGUCCAGCAAGGUCAUUCCAAGAAUUGUGCUUUUCGGAUAUACCGCCGCUGGACCCAGAUUUCUCUAAAACUUUUCAACCUGUUGCAACGUCAACGCCCAAGAAAAAGGAUAAAGAGAAACCAGUGCAAGCAAGGGACCAGAAGAUUGAAGAUGAAAGUGAAUUUGAUGAGUUAGCGAUGUGGUUCCAAUCUGCCUCUAAUUUUAAACUCAACUUUUCUGAAACUUCUAGCCAAAAACAAUCAAUCUUAAACUGUCAAGAAGCCAUUUUAAACAAAUUUGCUCCUUUUGAAACAGAAACCGAUGAAAUUAUUCUGUUUUAA